CCAAAAGAUUAACAGAUGAAACAGUUUAUGACCGCUGUAUUAAUUUGAUUAUAGAACCAGGUGUCAAAAGACACUAAUCUGGUUGUAAUCGAUAAACCCGUGCGAGCUACUUAGCGACAUUUAAUUACUUGUGGAUAAUAAUGUCGAUUACUUAUCCACUGUUUCUGGAUUUCUCGUUCCCCGUUAUAACGUGAAUGAAAACGCAUGCGCUUGGUUGGGGAUUCUGGGAUACCUUCAUGGUCUAACUUCUCCGCCAUGAUGGAAACUAAAAAUUGCUACAAAAUUGCUGGAUUCGUGGACUAAUUGUGAACAUUAAGCUGGUUUUUGUGUAUUUUUUUGAUAUUUGUCGAAAUGUAUAAACAUUGAGCUUUAAUCGAAGCACGGUAGAGUCCUGCUUAAAGGGCUGCUACCUUCACAAUUUGUGAAAAUCUAUUUAGACUAUCUCAUUAGCAUAUCCGAUCGGGGAACAGAGAAAAUGAGCAAGGUGUCUUUUCGGGCUCGGGCGCUGGACGCCACGAAGCCCAUGCCUGUGUAUAGGGCCGAUGAAAUACCUGACCUGCCAGAUUUUGCAACCAUCAACAGAUCUGUGCCGCAAAUGCCCACUGGAAUGGAAAAAGAAGAAGAAACGGAACAUCAUUUACAGAGAGCAUUAUCGGCACAGCAGGUUUAUGGGUCAUCAGAAAAAUUGGUCAUUCCUAUUCCAGAGAUACAGGAUAUUGGUGAAAGAUAUGAAAUCUUCUAUAAAGAUGAUUAUAAAUUAUCUAAACAAUAUAUCCAUAUUCAAGCGUUUGGAAUGGACCAGGAGAUACCGGACUAUGAUAUGGAUAGCGAGGACGAGACAUGGGUUAAAGAACAGGUGAAGAAGAUGGAAAUAACACCAUUGAAGUUUGAAGAAAUGAUGGAUAGACUAGAGAAAGGCAGUGGACAACAGGUUGUAACGAUACAAGAAGCUAAACUUUUGCUAAAGGAAGACGAUGACUUAAUUAUUGCUGUUUAUGAUUACUGGCUCAACAAACGAUUACGUACACAACAACCAUUAAUACCUCAAGUUAAAACAGAAAAACGUGAUGGAUCAACGACAAAUAAUCCUUACGUUGCUUUCCGCCGUAGAACGGAGAAAAUGCAGACUAGAAAGAAUCGCAAGAAUGAUGAGACAUCUUAUGAAAAGAUGCUGAAAUUAAGACGGGAUUUAACACGAGCUGUAACUUUAUUAGAAGUGAUCAAACGACGAGAAAAAUCUAAGAAAGAACUUCUACAAUUAACCAUUGAAAUCCUUGAUAAACGAUAUCACGGCGAAGAUUUUAGUGGAGCGUUAUUAGCAGAGGCCGAGGCUGAAAGAAGUAAACAUCCAUCAUUUGUUCCACCAUUUAUGUUCAACAGACAGGGUGAAUGGGUUACAGGAUUAAAUGGCGAGGAAAUGGCACCAGUUAUCCGUAAGAAGCGGCAGUACAGAAAACGUAAACAAGCUUCCCAACAACAAACAGCAACUGCCACCACGAACCAAUCCACAACGUCGGUUCAUUACAAUGAGAUGGAUAAUCUACAUCAAGAUCUUGAUAGUUCAGAUGAAGAAGGUUUCUCACCGAGUAUGUCUCAGUCUGAUCACGAAGAUGAAAAUGAUCCGGACGGUCCAUAUGCUUUUAAACGUAGAAAACACUGUAGUUAUUAUGCACCUUUAUUAAGUCGUCCUGGUAACUGGCGAUGGACAGGAAAAGAAGAGGGGGGUAUGGGAGAUAAAAAAUAUCGUUACUCGUUAUUUUCACUACCUCAACCUAGAAACUGUGUUGGUUUUGCUCGACGGAGAGUUGGAAGAGGUGGUCGUGUUAUAAUAGAUCGUGGAUUUACACCAUGGGAUGACACGUUAGAUCGAAUGAAUCUAAUUGAUAACACGGGUCACACCUCUAUUAAAACUUCAGAAUAUAUCACAUAUAUUCGAGAUAAAAAAAUACCACAUUUUCGUCCUCGGACGCCUCCUCCUGAAAAAAAUAUAGUACUACCAUGUGAACCGAGUUCGAGUAACGAAACAUUUGAAUUCAAUUUAGAAAGUUUUCAGUCACAUCAAGAACAAUUAUUACAGAUGAAACGCGAACAGGAGGAAAAAUUAAAUCAAAUGGACAGCUCAAUUAAUCUAGAACAUUCCUUUAGUUCACAACCUACGUCAAGAUUUACUUUAGAUCGGGCGAGUGCUGAGUUGGCCGUAACGGCCGUGGUGAAACAGGCUGAAAUCACAAGUGCAAAUAAUGGUGCUAAUUCAUCAUCUAAAUCUUAUAAUACAUCAUCUGUAGUUAAUGGACCAAUUAUUGAUAGUAAACCUAGUGGGCUUUCAACUUCACCAGCCGCUAAUGUUCUACAACUUAAUUUCCCUUUAAAUACAUCUGUGACACCAUCAUCAUCUAUCGCAUCAUCAUUAUCAACAUCACAAACUCUUACAUCAAUAUCAUUAACCUCACUUACUGCUGUUAAUGUUAAAGAUUCAUUAAAUUCAAAUCGUGUGUUACCAGUAGCAAUAUCGUCGCAUCCAGUUUCAUCAACAGGGUCCCUCCAUCCAUCCCCAAUGCCAGCAACAACGGCACCAAAAACAACAUCAACACUGCCAGGGUCGGUAAUGUCGAUGUCAGUUGGAGACAACAAAGGGAACAACAUCAUUAGUAACAGUAACACGAUCCUAAAAAAGUUUACACCAUCUCCAUCAGUUUCCAUUGAACUUGUACAUCAAAAUCAUGAUGAUUCAAAGACUGUUUUAAGUUUAACUGAAGAUAAAGUGGUUGCCAUGGAUGUAACGUGAUGUUUACUUAUUGUGAUCAUAGUGUACAAAGAUAGUGGUAUCCAUGCCAACCCCAGUCUGUUGCUAGGAUAGGGUCAUGUGAUCAGAUCUAGAAGCUAGUUACCAUGGUUAUUAUGUAACCACAUGAGUUGCUAUGACUGUAGCCUUUUACAUUAGUUUGUGGUUACUCUUGUGAUAACCGUAGUGUUUUUAUGGAGAUGACCUGGACACUGAAAAAGAAGGCCAGAGAAAGAUGAAACUGUCAAGAGAGGAGACAUGUUGUGAAAUGUUAUUAAUGUCAUUUUCAUCUCUGAUGAAAGUUGAAGUCGAAUAAAACAUUGACAUUAUCACCAUCAAUAUGUCAUUGUCAAAACAAUCUCUUUAUCCUUGAACUUAACAAUAACCCAAAAGCUUCUGAUACUUACUUGCUAACUGACUUAGUGGUCCAUGGUUGUUAGAAAAACUUUUCCUAUUUUACAAUUCCCUUCCGCACCUAAAAAAUCCUGAGCAAUUCAGAAUAUAGAUGAAGCCAUAAAACCUUAAAAAACAACCUUUUCAAAUUUAUUAGAAAAUUUUCUUGUGCUCAUUGCGGCAAUCUUUAGGUCAGUGUUUUUAUACGCCUACUACAUUGAAAUAGGGUCGUAUAAUUUGUUGUCACCCCUCUACGUUAAUCCGUCAUCAACAAUUACUUAUGGACACUGUUGAGUCUAAAGUUACCAUCAGAUUGACUUUAGAUUUGUACACAUUGUUUAUGUUCAUGAGAUGAAGAUGUCCAUUGAUGUUCAACGGUUUCCAAUUAUUAUUGUAGAGAGUUGAGGACCUUGAUCAAUUUGAAAAAUGUUGUGGACGCUCUAGAGGCUAAAGUUAUCAUCUGAUUGACUUGGAGUAUACACUCAGUGUUAAUGUUCAUGAGACGAAGAAGCCUGAUGACUUUCAAUUACUAGAAGUUAUCUGAUUACUAGUAUAUGUUUGUGUAAUGUUAGAACUAGUAAGAACUAGAAGUGAAUCAAGUUUUACUUAUUUCUGAUAAUUGCUUCAUGAGUUUGUACUCUUGUUGAUCAGUUUUUAGUGUCUUGUAAAUGCUCACAUUAACUCCAAAAGAAUUAGUAUUGGACAAUCCUUGUGGACUGUUUGGAUGACUUAACUGCUGUGGGCUUAUGUUUCAUUGCCAGGCAACCUAUUUUUACCCCCUCCCUCUCUCCCUCCCUCCUGCUGUGCCCUAUCAGUAAUUUACUGAAAUGCGUGACGUGGUCAUGAAGCAUUGAAUAUAGGAUGUGUUGCCCCAAGUAGCCAGUUAAAUAUCAACAAUUUACCAGUGGAAGUCCUGUUUUGCUUACAAGUGAUGUUGACAGCCUUGUAUUUUAUAUAGGCUUAUUAUUUCAGUUUGACCUUAAUUAGAAAGUAUUUUUGUGAAGUACUAAGUUAUGCAUUAAAUUAUUGAUGCCCAAAUAGAGUAUUUUGAAUAAAAGUUCUAAACAUCAGAAAAUAAAUUCACUGACUUGAAGAGACAUUAUGCAAGAGUUGCUGACCUUUUUUGUUGUAAUAAUAGUUCAAAAAUAGAUAAUGAAAAAUGAAUAUUGAAAAUUUGGGUCAAUUACUAUUCCAAUAGAAGCUAUGAUUUGCUUCUUGUAUUGGGUUUCAGAUAGUGAAUGCAAUUAAAUUUGUAUUACUUUUAUUUUUUUUAUAAUCCAAAUUUUUAAUUGGUCGGCCAUAUUAGCAUUCAACGCAGACAUGGCAGCCAUUGUCUAAUCCACUCAAUAUUUAAGCUAUCCGGUGGCCUAAGGGGUUGAUUAUUGAAAAAUUUAACUCUUGCCUUCCUCUUUAAAAUAAUAAUUAUUCAUCAUAAUAUUCUAAUUAAUGUUUUCAAUAAAUAAGGUUGCAUUGAACACAAUAACAUUACUUAUCUUCACUGACUGUGUUUUCCUCUAUAAAAUUAUUUCUUUGUACUUUAUAAGCAAGAAGUCCAUUUCCACCCUAGUUCUGCUGUCCAGUGGGACCCUAAAGUACAUUUAUAAAAUAAUUACAGGGUUUUGUGAAAAAUUAGAUAUAAAAAUUACAGGGUUACAUGUUGUAAACAUUUAUUAUCAUUAAAUGGCAGUAAAAUGCAAAUGAAUUCCUAGUUAUAGAAAUGUCUGAUUAUGAUUUCUGUUAAAUUUAUUUCUUUAAUAAAAAAUGUCUGUAUUCUCUAUCAGCUGCAAAUUAAGACUUACAGUCUUUUGAUUAUGAUUAUGACAUGUUGAAAGGUGCUAUAUGAAAUAAUUGAACAAAUCUCUUUACUUAAGAAUUGUAGUUUAUGUGUAAAUGUUAAUUAUUAGUUUAUCAAGAAACUUUAUUCUUGAAAACUGUGAUAGUUUUCAAUAAGAGCAACUCUUUCUAGCUAAUGAUUAUUCACAAAAACACAUCCAGCUUUAAUUGUGAUUAAUAAUGCACAAGUGUUAGAUAUGCCAAUAUUUUUAAUAUGUGUAAAAAAAGUCGUGUUAUUUAAGUAAUGGCACAAAUGUAAAGUUUUUGCCUUAAUAUUUCUGUGUGAUUUGUAAGUUUUCUUUUUUAUUGAAAAAUAUCUUGAGCGCACAAUAUAAAUUUCUUGGGUAGCUUUUGAAUAAUAUAAUUUUGGUUAGUAUUUGUAUAACUAUUGUUAAUUGAUACUUUUAAGCCUUGUAGUUAAAGUUGCUGUGUUUUUUGUACUUUUUCUCAAUUCUAUAUAUAACAUAUAUAUAAACUAGUUAUUUAUAUAUAAAUCCCCCAAAACUGAUACAACAUCAACAACUUUUUUUUUUUAACAAAAUGCUUAUCUGACUUCUUCAUAUAGGUUACAAGUGAAUCCCUAUUAUAUGACAACUUCAUCGGCAAGCCAUCUAAUUUCAUUCAUAAUGUAGUUUGUUUUAAGAAAAAAUAGGAGUAAUUGUAAUGACUUGAUAUAUAUUUUUGGAGGAAUAUGUCCCAACUAUUGAAUUAGACUUAUUGAAAGAAUAUAGGCCUACAUUAGUUUUGUGGUCAUGUCCAUAUGGAUCAUUAAUAUGUGAAAGACAUUUUGUCGUUGUUUCGCAAAAUCUUUUACAGCAAAAAAAAAAAGAAAGAAAAUAUUAGUUUGAAAACCGGCACUAGCAAAGAUAUCUUCAUGCUUGUGUGGCAUCAGCUACAUAUAGGCCAGUGAAGCUUUGUAAAGAUAUGGAUAAAAGAAAUUCUUUAUAGUUUAAUGAUAUUGUUCAAACAGUUAGUAACACUUAUUCAAUAUUUUUAUAUCUUGGAAUUACAAUAUCUAUAGGUGUACUAAAUUGUAUUUAUUAAUGUAGAUUUGUUCAGAUUCAGAUAUAUAUAUACAUGUAUAUGUGCAUGCUUUAUAAAAUAGUUAAAAAUAUAUUCCCAAACAGGGAAGAAUUAUGUUGUAAGAUCAUGAGCAUUAAUAAUCAUUUUGUAGUUAUUGUUGAAGCAAAUAGUAUUUUUAUUUUCCUUUCAAAUAAGUAUAAAAUAGUAAAACUUUUAAACAGAUUUUAAAAAUAGCUGUCACAAAGUUGAUUGAUAAAUUAAUGUAGAUUUAUUUAUCAUAUUGUCUAUGUAAGUGUCAAAACAUUGCUUUCCAUUUUCUCAUGUGAUAUUUUCAAACUUAAAUUUUCUGAAUUAUGAUAUAUGGCAUGUAUUGUAUGUAGGCAAGACAGGAUGUAAUAGUUUAUUCGAUUGGCUGGUAGAUGGCUGGAUAUUGGGAGACAACUCAUUAAUUCUAGGUAAUAAUUGUACAGCAGUAAGUCAUGUGAUGCAUCAUGUGAACUAGGUUGUUAAACGUAAACAAUAACUGUGAUAGUGUGGUGUAUUCAACCGCCUUUUUUUCACAAAAAAAUAAAUUUGUACAGAAAUUUAAAA